UCUACAUCCAUUCAGUCUCCUUUCUUCAACAAGCCAUGGAUGUCUUCUCACCGUCCCAGGUCUACUACGACAGAGCGUGUGCUUCAUCUCCAGACAGCCUGGAGUUUGGCCCCGGAGCGGAGCUCACCGGCUCAGAUGAAGAUGAGCACGUCAGGAUCCCCGGAGCCCCUCACCAGCCGGGACACUGCCUCCAGUGGGCCUGCAAAGCCUGCAAACGCAAGUCCAGCUUUGUGGACCGCAGACGGGCCGCCACUAUGCGUGAGCGCCGGCGGCUGAAGAAGGUCAACCACGCUUUCGAAGCUUUGCGGCGCUGCACCUCAGCCAACCCCAGCCAGCGUCUGCCCAAGGUGGAGAUCCUUCGCAAUGCCAUCCAGUACAUUGAGAGCCUGCAGGAUCUGCUUCGAGAGCAGGUGGAAAACUACUACGGCCUACCUGGAGAAAGCAGUUCGGAACCCCCAAGCCCGUUGUCCAGCUGCUCUGAUGGCAUGGCUGACAGCAACAGUCCAGUGUGGCAACAACUGAAUGCAAACUACAGCAGCAGCUAUUCAUAUGCAAAGAAUGAGUGUUAUGGCAACAAAGCAGUCGGAGCUUCAAGUCUGGAGUGUCUCUCCAGCAUCGUGGACCGUCUGUCCUCAGUGGAGUCCAGCUGUGGACCUGUGGCUCUGAGAGACAUGGCCACAUUCUCCCCCGGCAGCUCCGACUCGCAGCCCUGCACACCGGAGAGUCCCGGAACCAGGCCCGUCUAUCACGUCCUGUGAAGGAAAUCUCGCUUGGACAAGGAUAUAUUGCCACAAGUCAGGCGCCGUGCUUUACCAAACAGCAGCUGCAUUCGCAACGAGUAGCGAUAAGAACUAGUUAUCUGCAAACCUGAAGGAGGAACGGUGCCAAGAAACAAGCAGCUUUUAUAUUGUACAUGAAAUUGUAAAUAUUUAAUGUAAAUUCCCAUUUAUUCUAUACAUGCUAUUAUACCCAGACAUAUUUAAUUAUAACAGUUAAUGUACUGUU